AUGGCGGCCAGCCCCCAGGACCUGCUAGCCUCAUUGUCCACCACUACUCCACUGACUGCCCUCUACAUUCCCAGAUGCAAACCCUCUGAACCAGCAGGACAUCUGUGGGACACCUCCGGAUACAUGAGGCUCUCUCCUCAGCCUUCCUGUGUGGACUCAGGGACGAUGUGGACCUGGGCACUGUGGAUGUUUCCUUUACUCUGUGAAUUCAGCCUGGCAGCUCUGCCAGCUAAGCCUGAGAACAUUUCUUGCAUCUACUACUAUAGGAAAAAUUUAACUUGCACUUGGAAUCCGGGGAAGGAAACCGGUUACACCCUGUACAGAGUUAAGAGAACUUACUCUUAUGGAAAUAAAAUUGAGAGUUGUACACUCAAUAGUUCUGCAAGUGAAAAUCGUGCUUCGUGCUCUUUUUUUCCUCCAAGAGUAACAAACAGAGAUGAUUGCACCAUUCAAGUGGAAGCUCAAAAUGCAGAUGGUGUAAUUAAAUCUGACAUAACAUCUUGGAGCAUGGAUGCCAUAGCAAAAACUGAACCACCUGGGAUUCUCAGUGUGAAACCAGUUUGGGGCAUCAAACGAAUGGUUCAAAUAGAAUGGAAAAGGCCCAAGCUGGUACCUUCUUCAUCUCAUUUAAAAUACACACUUCGAUUCAGGACAGUCAACAGUACCACCUGGAUGGAAGUUAACUUCACUGAGUAUCAUUUCAAUGCCACCCAAAACUACAACCUCACCGGGCUACAGGCUUUCACGGAGUAUGUCGUAGCUCUGCGGUGUGUGACUACGGAGUCAAGGCUCUGGAGCGCCUGGAGCCAAGAAGAAAUGGGAAUCACCGAGGAAGAAGCUCCGUAUGGCCUGGAUCUGUGGAGAAUCUUGAGACCAGCUGAGGCAGAUGAAAGAAGACUGGUGUGGUUGCUGUGGAAGAAAGCAAGAGGAGCCCCAAUCCUGGAGAAAACACUUGGCUACAACAUAUGGUACUUUCCAGAAAAUAAAACUAACCUCACGGAGAUCAGGAACACCACUAACCAGCAGUUUGAACUGGACCUGGGAGGCGAGGCAUAUUGGGUGUCUGUGAUUUCUUACAAUUCUCUUGGAGAAUCUCCAGUAGCCACCCUGAGGAUUCCGGCCAUUCACGAAAAACCACUGUGUCACGUUGAGGCCCUGCAGGCCUGCCUUGCUCAGGACCAGCUGGUGGUGGAGUGGCAAAGCUCUGAUUCGGAGGUGGACACGUGGAUGGUAGAGUGGUUCCCAGAUUUGGACUCAGAGCCCCCGGCUCUUUCCUGGGAACUUGUGUCUCAGGCCAGGAAUUGGACAAUCCAGCAAGAUAAACUAGAGCCUUUCUUGUGCUAUAACAUCUCUGUGUAUCCAAUGUUGCAAGACCAAGUGGGCGAGCCAAAUUCCAUUCAGGCUUAUGCCAAAGAAGACAUUCCAUCAAGAGGUCCUAGGACCAAGGUGGAGAAUAUUGGUGUGAAGACAGUCAUGAUUGUAUGGGAAGAGAUCCCCAAGAGUGAGAGAAAUGGUAUAAUCAGAAACUAUACCAUAUUUUGCCAAGCCGAAGAUGGAAAAGAAUUCUCCAAGACAGUCAACUCUAGCGUGCUGCAGUAUGGCCUGGAGUCCCUGACACGGCAGACCUCUUACACUGUUAAGGUCAUGGCCAACACCAGUGCUGGGGGGAAACUUGGGAUGGAGAUAAAGUUCAGGACAUUAUCACUCAGUGUCUUUGAGAUUUUUCUUAUAUCUUCUCUGACUGGAGGAGGGCUUCUUACUCUCAUCGUCCUGACAGUGGCAUAUGGUUUCAAAAAGCCCAACAGAUUGACUCACCUAUGUUGGCCCAAGGUCCCCAAUCCUGCAGAAAGUAGUAUAGCCACGUGGCAUGGAGGUGAUUUCAAGGAUAAGCUAAACCUGAAGGAAUUCGAUGACUCUGUGAACCCAGAAGAAGACAGGAUCCUAAAACCACUUUCUACCUCCAGUGACCUUAUUGACAAGUUGGUGGUGAACUUUGAGAAUUUCCUGGAAGACAUUUCCAUAGAAGCUGGAAAGUUUCAGGAAAACAUUUUGGGAGGGGAAGAGAAUGAGUACAUGACCUCCCCCCACAGGCCUGACUAUCCUCCAGGGAAGAAUUUUGAAGAGUCCCCAGUUUCAACUGAGAUUGCUCCCAGAAAAUCCCAGUACCUGUGUUUGGGAAUGGCAGAAGAGGCCUGCUCAGAGGCCAGUGAGCAGGGUCUCUUUUCCGGUCAGAGUUUAGGGCCAGACCACCUCUGUGAGGAAAGAGCACCAAAUCCAUAUUUGAAAAAUUCAGUGACAACCAGAGAAUUUCUCAUGUCUGAAAAACUUCCAGAACACAGCAAGAAAGAAGUUUAA